CAGUCACAACUCCCAGCUGUCAAGAUGGCGCUCAGCCUGGCGGAGUUGGACGUUCCUUUGGACGCCGACCAGGCCGGGGUCCGAGAGAGAGGAGGCUUGAGGCGUUGCAGAGGACGGCCCCGACUCACGGACACCGACCGUGCACAGAGGCGUCUCGAGUCCCGAAAGAAGUACGACGUGAGGCGGGUGUACCUGGGCGAGUCGCACAAGCUGUGGAGUGAGCUCCGCAGGAGGACCAGUCUGAGUGAUGCUGGACUGGCGGAGUACUUGAUCCUGCUCAACGCCACGUAUGGAGACAAGUACCAGCGAGAAUACCGCGGCAAGAAGAUUUCCCCUGAAGUCUCAAUGAAGGAGAAAAAAAGCAGGACGGAGUGUGUGUCCAGCCUCCGGAACCUGGUGUGCUGGUACCAGGAGCACUCCCGCUCCUGCCCCCAGGAGCCCCAGCUCAGAGCCCUGCAGCCCCAGCCCAACUCGUCCACCGCGGCCAUCUGGCGAUGUGACUCAAACCACUCGUUUGUGCAAUACCUUUUCUCACCAACGAGGGAGGCCAGUGACUCCGAGCACGAUGGCGGCGCGGGCGGAGAGAGCGAUGGCGAGCUUUCCAAGAAAGCAGAUGCGCCCAUGGCCGAAGGUGUGGGCGGCGGCAGCAGGAGGAAGACGACGACGACGAGGGGGAGGACGAGGACGAGGAGGAGUACAAAAAAGGAGGCUCACCAACCCUUCAGAGAUGUGGAAGAAAAUGUGGGUACGUUUGAGGUAGAACGGACCGCGAUUCUAGACCUUCAUCCCGAUGUGGAAGCUCGACUGACGGGGCAGUCCGUCUGGGAAAUGGUGGUAGAGCAACAGCAAAGCUCCCCAGCAGCAGCCUAUCACUCCGUUGCCUCAGAGGAGGAGGACAAGGAUGAGGAGGGGGAUGAACAAGAAGAAGAAGAAGAAGAGGAGGAGGAAGAGGCUGAAGAUCUUCGGCGAGGCAGAGGCGGUGAAGAAGAGAUCAGGACCGCGCCGCAUGGAUACGGGUGUGUUACCGUGAGGGCUUCCCUGGCUGUUGAACUUGAGAAGAGAGACGAGGACUCGCAGAGCUCGGGGCCGGAGCCGCCUGCUGCGCAGCCCCCGCAGGGAGAAGCAGCGAGCCAGCUGUUUGACUCUCACGCCCUGCAAACGGUGGUGACCAGCUGUGAGAUUCCUGACCACAGGACUACUUUGGAAGGCUCACAGUUGAUCAUCAUCACUGGCCCCAGCUACGAGGCCCUGGCAUCAGAAGGCAUCCAGCUCAACGUGGGCGACGGAAACGUGGAGGAAGUCAGCUGCACCGUCAUCGGGGGGGUCACGUACGACCCGGCCUCAGAGUCCAGACUGGGAGCGGCAGAGGAUGAAGACUCCGUGACAGGUUUGAGUGACAAACAGCUGCUGCCACCCCUUGAUGACGCCUUGGAGCUGAGUGGUGACCGGGAGCUGCAGCGGGGUCUGAGCGGUGUCCGGUCAAAGAGAAACCGGCGAGGCCCGGUCAUUGAGGCAGACGGGAUGCUCAAGAUGUUCCACUGUCCUUACGAGGGCUGCAGUCAAGUCUACGUGGCUAUCAGUAGCUUUCAGAAUCACGUCAACCUAGUGCACAGGAAAGGGAGGACCAAGGUUUGCCCCCAUCCAGGCUGCGGGAAAAAGUUCUACCUGUCCAACCACCUGCAUCGCCACAUGAUCAUCCACUCAGGGGUCCGAGACUUCAUCUGUGAGACGUGUGGAAAGUCAUUUAAGCGAAAGAAUCACCUGGAGGUGCACAGGCGGACCCACACGGGAGAAACGCCACUGCAAUGUGAAAUCUGCGGCUAUCAAUGUCGCCAGCGCGCCUCGCUGAACUGGCACAUGAAGAAGCACACUUCAGAGGCCCUCUACAACUUCACCUGCGAGUUCUGCGACAAGAGGUUUGAGAAGCUGGACAGUGUUAAAUUCCACAAGCUGAAGAGCCACCCGGACAAGCAGGCCACCUGAGGAGGCCGGACCCCGGUAGGUGGGAGCGGAGCGCGCUCGGCCCUCUGGAACCAAAGGGAGCCUUCUGGUGGAGAGGCAGACCUCCCUCUGCUGGGCUCGAGCUGGCCCGUUGUGUCCAGGAACGACACGGACAUGAACCGGAUUGAAGGGGUCGGUCUGACCGCCGUGCGGGACGCCAGCCGCUUCAGAGAACACGGCCCAAAACGCCGGUUUGGACAUAUUUACAUACAGUGAGGAAACGUCUUCAUGAUGUUCAGUGGACCAUCCUCCCCCCCCCCCCCCGCCCAACAAUAAAGGCCACGCAGUUUGGUCAAACUUGAUUUCUCCCAACUUUUAAGUGAUAUUGGUAGCUUUACAAAACAUUAAGGUAUGCAUUAGCUUGGCAAGCUAACUAGCUCACGACUUUAAAAUAGUUAUGUUAUUAUAAUAAAUUCAUGGUGUUAUAUAAGUUCACAGAUUAGCGAUGUGGGGGCUAGUCCAGCAUGCUACUAUGUCAGUUAAGCUAACGUUAGCAGGAAAUGUUUAUAUACAAGUUAAAAUCUUUUUAUCAAAGCUAGCGGAGCAAGCCGGAUCAACAAAAAUGAUGACAGCACACAUCGAGGGGCCAGUGUUGAGAACGAGGAGCUGAUGUGUAGCAGAGUUACGUUUGAACAAUAAUGCAUUGUUUUCAGCCAAUUCAUGUUGUUUUCUUUGCUAACCAUCGGUUCAGCUUUCAUGCUCGUGAGGGCAACACCAGAGGCGCCUUUUUUAUGCCCUCCGUCGGAAAUCAGAGACGUUGUUUGGACAAAAUGAUUUCUAAUUUUAAGUGGAACUUAAACUAUCAAUUCAGGAUUUUAUAUCCUUUUUUUGUGUUCUAUAGCAGGGGCACCUGAUAUAUGUAAUUGGUUAAAUAAUGUUUAACACUGGUUGGUCCAUUAAUAAUGAAGUAUGGCCUUAUGUGAUGACUGGGUUUAUUAAUAGACCACCACGAAUGAUCAUUGAUGACUUACCAGUUCUGGUGCGUAAAUAUUAACUAAGAAUAAAUGUACUUAAAAUUAGGACUGGACCUCAUGGAGGUUUAGCGUUGCCCUGCGCUCCUCGGACUGACACUUUCACUCAACUACAACGGGACCAUUUAUUCCACAUUUCCCUCGUCUGGUUUCACAAUCCCAAUGAGCCGACCACCCCAUUGUUUCCCCCUCAUGUUCUAUCUGUCUUUUGGCUUUCUAAGCAAAUGCACUUUUUCCACGCAGUUUUGUCAUCCGAUGAAUAACUCUCAUAUGCGAGUAUGGUUUGUUUUUGUGUUUUCUCAUUUUCUGAAAGACAUGAGAUGGACGCAAAUGGUUAAUUAUAUGCAGUGUGUUCUCGCCUCCUGCAUAGUGUGUGUGUGUGUGUGUGUGUGUGGGGGGGGGUGUACGUGACUAGCACAAAAUGGCAUGAAAAGCACAAGUAUUAUGACACUUAGUCAUGCAGACGUUACUCAUGCAAGUGGUUGCUGUACGUUUGUGUUGAUGGAACCUGAAGCUGGAAAGAUGACGAGGGACCGGGAGUCACAUUUUGCAUUUGAAUACUGAUAUGUUUAUUCAUAUAAAAUGGAUUUUGCUACAUUUGA